AUGUCAGCUCCCUCCAGACCCAUCGUCAUCUCUGGCCCCUCCGGCGCCGGCAAGUCGACCUUCCUGAAGCGCCUUUUUGCCGAGUACCCCGACAAGUUUGGGUUCAGUGUCUCCAACACCACCCGCAACCCCCGUGCUGGCGAGGUCGACGGUGUCGACUACAACUUCUUGACCCGCGAGGAGUUCUUGGCUGGUGUUGCUCGUGGCGAUUUCAUUGAGCACGCUGAGUUCUCCGGUAACAUGUAUGGAACUACCGUCCAGGGCGUCAAGUCUGUCGGUGACAAGGGCCGGAUCUGCAUCUUGGACAUCGAUAUGCAGGGAGUCAAGUUGGUCAAGAAGACAGAUUUGAACCCCUAUUAUCUCUCUGUCCAGCCCCCAUCGAUCGAGGAGCUCGAGAAGCGUCUCCGUGGACGUGGCACCGAGAAGGAGGCUGAUAUCCAGGGCCGUCUUUCCGCUGCCCAGGGCGAGCUCGACUAUGCCAAGGAGGAGGGUGCCUACGACGAGAUCAUUGUCAACGACGACCUCGAGGCUGCCUAUGCCAAGUUCAAGGCCUACAUCAACAAAAUCACCUCCGCCUAG